AUGACGGGACGCGGCGGUCGUUCGACUCGUCGGGGAAGACCCCCAAAGAACGCGGAAUCGGCCGAACGUUUGGCAGCACUGAAAAGACCUCGAUAUCUAUAUCCCGGCGCUAAUCACACCGAAUUGGACGAGACGUCCAACGCUUCCAACAGUACUAAUGCUUCUAAAUAUAAGACCCGUUCGAGCGGUCGACUCAAGAAGAAGAAGUGGGACGACAGCGACGAGAGUGAUGUCUACGACGACGACGUCAAUGAUAGCCAAUCGCACAACGAGUCCGACACAUACGAGAGCGACGACAAUACACACGAGUUCACGGAUUUGGACGAACUCGACGAAGAUGUGGACAACGAGUCCGCUGAGGACGGAUCGCAAUCGGGUUCCCCUAAAAAGAGGCCACCAUUUCGGGCGCCGCGCGUCAAAAGUCCCGUUUUCUUCGAGGACACAGAAGUUGAGGAAUUGAUACUUCCGGACAGUUCUGAAGACGUUCUUCUGAGUAAUGAGUAUCUGAUGCAAGCCGUCUGUGUGUACGAAGUGUUGAGACAUUUCCGAAAUAUAUUACGUUUGACUCCUUUUCGAUUUGAAGACUUUUGCGCCGCUCUUAUGAUCGAUGAACAGAACGGACUCUUAUCUGAAAUACAUUUACAACUAAUCAAAGCGUUAUUACGCGAAGACGACGUCUCCAACACGUGGUUCGGACCGCAAGAUCUUCGAGAUUCGAUUAAUGUGUACCUAUUCUUCAACGACUACAUCACUUGGCCGGAUGUGCUUCGGGUCUAUCUGUCCGCUGAUAUGAACACUAAUCGAGUUGUACUUAACGAAUGUCUAACGCAUAGUGAAUAUCCAUUCAUUCGCGCCGACAAGAAAUUGCGAGUUUUGCAGCACUUAUGCGACCAAUUCUUGACAACAACACCGGCCAGAGAAGACUUAGUCAAUGAAGGCAUUAUCAAACACGACGACCACUGCCGAGUGUGCCAUAAGUUGGGUGACCUUCUGUGUUGCGAGACCUGUUCGGCAGUAUUUCAUUUGUCGUGUUUGGAUCCGCCACUCAUUGAGGUGCCAAAUGAAGAGUGGAUUUGUACUGUUUGUAGAGGCAAUUACGUGAAUGGAGUCACAGAUUGUGUCUCUGAGUACGAGAAAAGUGGUUUCCUAUGCAGACAAGAGCCGCUCGGUUGGGACCGACACUCUCGCAAGUAUUGGUUUCUUUGUCGCAGAAUUAUUAUAGAGUCCGAAGACGGCUCGAAAACGUGGUAUUAUUCGACAAAAGCACAGAUCGAAGAAUUGAUUAAUUGUUUAGACGCCGAACGAUACGAAUUAGAUCUUUGUAAAAAUAUUGAAGAGAUUAUGGAUGACAUCAUUAGACAAACAGAAGUGACAGAAAAGUUAACAAACGCUGUGAAGGGUUUGCGAAAGAGUUAUUUAGAAGUGGAUAACGAAAGGCUCACUAAAAUACAGACCGAAAGGGAAGAAAAGAAAAAGAGCGAAGAAAACGAUGAGAAAAAGGUUAACGGAAUCGAAGACGAGAGCAAUGAAAACGAGAAGAAAGAGUCGGAAAAAGAAAGUGACGAAAACCCAAAGGCGGGAAUUCUGACACGUCUUAAAACAGGUUCAAUACAACCCAAACCCAUUAAUUUGGAUCCAUUGAAGAAUAAGUCAUGUAAUACUCCUAAUGGUAAAGACGACGACACGCUUCUCAUCCUUAAUAAAGAUGGAGAUCUGACUCGAGUGUCGAAGAAGACUAUAAGCGCUUCGAGUACUUUGAACUCAAUUCUAUUCAAGUUAGGAAUGGAAGCCAAUUACAAGUCAUACCAAAACCAAUUCAUAUCUAAUACUCUAUCACUCAAUAAACACCAACACUCGGAGGAAAGGGAUAAACGGAGACAAUUGAGCCAUAAGUUUAGUCUAACGUCGGCCGCUGACCUCAAAUGGCAGGGAGCGGUCUUCGGCACUAGGAAUCUGAUUAUUGCCACUCUUAGACAAACGAUAUUACAAUUGGAGGGCCAGAUAUCGGUGCCAUUCCUGCACCAGAAUUGGCCGCUCCAUCGGCCAAAUUGGCUCAAAGCGGUCAAUAUGUGCUCAAAUGCUAAAGAUUUUGCAUUAGCUCUUUGUAUAUUAGAGUCAUCGAUGAAACCGGUGCUGUUCAACCCGGCGUGGCUCGAGGCCAUGGGCUUCACUUGUCUUCAUAGGACUACUUUCAUGGAAAGGGAAGAACACAAGAAAGUUGAAAAGAGAGAGCGAAGGGAUCAGAUAGAGAUACAAGAGAAUCAAUUCAGAUUCGGUGUCGGCGUUCGCUAUGUUUUGGGAAGAAUUAAACAUCAGAUUUGGAAACAGAAAGGAGAAGAAUACCGGUUAACAGGAAGAGGAGCGUGGCUUUGGAGGAGUACCACUCGAAUCAGCCACGAAUUGCCGCCAAAGAAUAAACCGUUGAAUGUAAUCGAAAUCCCGGAACCGCUUAAAGAGAGUUUAUCUCAAGUGUCGACUAUAAAUAUCAGCAAAUGUUUAGCAGAAGAAUCUGAAAAACGAUAUCUUUACCCAAAAAUAUACAAAAGGUGUAAAGUUUUGGACAAUUUAUUGGAACGAAGAGUAUUAAUGAGACAAAUCGACGACAAUGUUGUCAAAUGUGAGCCUAUUAUUAAGAAAGAAGUUGAAGAGCAAAAGGAAACGACUAAAACCACUCAAGACGACAGCCUUAUAUCGAAAUGUUAUUCCGGGUUCUGUCGGUCUGACAACGGAAUACCGAACGCACAAAAGACCUGUUAUUCGAGUGUUUGUCGUUUGGAGUCCUUUAAACAGAAGGAAGGAAUUAAAGUGAAGAAAGAAAACGAACAGCAAAUGGAUUGCAAACCAAUUAUUUCGAGCGAUGAGUGUCUGGAUAGCGACCAAAUUGCCGAUUGCUGUCAAGUGGUCUCUUUGGCUAAAAUAGUUAAAGUGAACGGUGUUUUACAAACUGCCAAACGAAUUGGUCGUAAGCACGUGAAGGGACAGUUGCCUUCUUGUCCUCGAUUUACGACUUGCAAAGGCAAACGAAAAUCCAUUUUAAUUUUGCCUCAAUUUGAGUUAAAACGCUUGUCUCGAAGCGGAGCUCUUCGGGAAGUAAGUGGUUUCAGUUAUACGGCAAAGACUAACCCAUCCAUUUGGCCGUACGGUCAGACACCGCGUCCCAUAUUCCGCACGUCUUGGCUCUACCGAAAUCAAAAGAUAGAGUCAGUGCACGGCGUGGCCACACAAUUGCGUGUCCUCUGGGCUAACAUACGUUGGGAUGAUUUGUCGGCCAAACCUCCGCCUUCGGGCGCCAAUACAGUGACCACUGAAACAGAGGUCCAAACCAGUGAAAUACUCAAACGCAGAGAAUUAGCGCCGUUUGGCAUCAGAUCUGAAUAUUUAGUUCGAAGAAUUAUAGUUCCGAUCGAACUUCCAUCAAAACCUCGAGAAAAAUCGACUCCAAUUCGAAGCGGUCUACGAGAGAGACGUCGACCAGAAUCGCCACAAUUAAGGGGUCCCUCAGUAACGGAGUGUUGGGUUCCCGAAGAAGAGCUUGAAUUGUGGGAAAUUCGACAAUUCGGUGACAAAGUUGAAAAACAACAACAAUUGGCUAAACAGAAGGCAUUAGAAGCGCAACAGAAGGAGAACUCAGAGAAGAUUAGAAAACAAAUGGAAGAACAGCUCAAAAAACAAAGAGAAGCUCUGCAUCAGAAACGUCUGGCAGAGGCGGCGGCGAAGGCGGCCACACCUGUGACCCCGACUUCCAGUUUAACGCCAACUAAUACUCGGUUUACGAGUAUUAUUCAAAACAGAGGAAUGAAACGGAUAUUUACUUCUCGAGGUAUAACUCCAGUCGUUUCAACAACCGUUACGCCAAGAGCUCCGGUACCCAAUCAAUUUGCAACUGUGCGCACACCCGGCGGUCAAACCUUUCGCAUACCUCUGUCUGUACUUCAAGGCAAGACUCCGGGACAACAAAUUGUUAUCAGAAGCUCAACAGCUGUAACGACACCUCAAGCUUCCACUAUAAGUACUCAAUCUAUACGAACGCCGACCCAAACAUAUAUUGUUAGGACUCCGACGGGUCAGACAGGAAUGAGGCCUAUAAUCCUCAAUCAGAUCCGCCCGACACUAACUCAACCCAAUGUUAACACAACGCAAUCGCCAGUACUUCAACGUCAAGUCCAGUUACCCAUCCGUUUCCCAGACGGGCGAAUGCAGGUCUUGCAGAUUCCGUUGUCAGCCAUCGCCGGUAAUCAACCGAUUCAGAUAGCGAUCAACACUCAAUCCACGACCAAUUCGCCCACCGUUUUGUCCAAUUCUAUACAAAUAAUGUCUUCUAAUAAUAAUAACGCGACUACUAUUGUAACCACACCUCAACCCACUUCACAAACUCCUCAAAUCAGAAUCAUUACCAGUAAUACAUCCACUGGUGGACAACCAGUUGUUACCAAAUUAGUACAAAUGCGUCCACAACCGCAACAGACUGUCCAACAAAUAUCACAAACGCCUCAAUCCAUACAAAUACAGACCAAUCAACAGAUCAACCAAUUAUUAACACAACAGUUACAGAGCGGCAAACUUCAGGUAAAACUCAACUCCAGCCCAACGGUUACCACAUUACAGACUACACCACAAAGACCUACUAUUGUUACUCAACUGCCGCAACCGGCCAUCAAAGGCCAGACACCAAUUGUUGCCACCGUUCGCAUUGAAUCUAAAGCCAAUCAAUCAUUGACACCAACGGUCAUCAAAACUCCUGAAUUGAUUAAAAGCAGUUCAAUAGUCGCUAAACCAACCGUUUCUGUGGUUCCAACUGAACCAAAGACUCCAACACCUCAACCGUCGACUCAAGUAUUGAACAAAGACUCGACGCCAACGGCGGCCGCGGCUAUCAAUUCACAACAGUUUGUGUUAACGUCUGAAAUAACUCAAGAAAUAGUACGACAGGCGCUCAUGAAUCCAAAUGUGGCGCCAGAGAUACAGCAGAAGUUAAUGGCACUGCAAAGACAUCAUAUGGAACAGGAACUUAAAGACCCCGCUAUUAAAGCCAAACCGCAGCCAAUUGUCACUCCAGUGACCACCAGUCGUACUAAAUCUGCGACCACUUCGCGGUCGACCUCUCGAUACAAACCCCGACCAAAACCAAUACCAAUACAAAUGACUGAAGAACAGAAGGAAGAGUCGGCAUUACUGGCCACCUGUCAGUCAGUGAUUAAGUCUAUGUUAGAUAAGAUUGAUAGAGAAGACAGACCUAAAGGACAGUCGAGAAGCGCUAAGAAACAGAAACACAAGGCGUCGAACGCCGAACGGCGACAACGCGUCAACUCAAACAAACUUCAAACUCUUCUUUUCAGACAAACAGAACUCUUAAAGAAAGAUAUCAUUAGAAGAAGAGCUCUGUUGGAGAAGAAUCUCAAGAUUGAGAUUCAAAAUGAGUUAAAUACAGUGUUUAGUCCGAACUUUACAAAUAAGACGAUGAACGGUUCGCCGACAAAAGGUGUCAACUCUAGCACCAAACGAAAGUCAAACUUUGGGAACAAUAGUUUGGUGAUCGACGAAGACAUGGAUAUUAGCGAUGAGAUAAGGCCUCCGAAGCAGAAGAAGGCGAGGCAUAAUUCGACGUCGCCUUCGGUGUCACCCAAAAAAGUUCGGUCUUCUCCGGGAACUCAAAAGGGAAAGGGUUUGCAAAAUAUGAAAUCCAACUCUUUGUACUGCAUUUGUCGCCAACCGUACGAUUCCUCGAGAUUUAUGGUGGGCUGCGAUAUCUGCUCGAAUUGGUUUCACGUCGAUUGCGUCGGUCUGACCGAAACACACAAGAGUUCGUGGCCUUUCUUAGAGCCCGUCGAUCCCAAAGAGGUUCCCGACUAUCAUAUAGUGAUCAAAGAGCCGAUGGAUCUGAAGACAGUGGAGAAGCGGCUGAACGACAAGAGUUACGAAUGUUUGGCCAAAUUUAUCGGCGAUAUCACCAAAAUGUUGGACAACUGUCGGUAUUACAACUCGCGGACGUCUCCCUUCUACGCCUGCGCCGAAACACUCGAGGCUUUCUUUGUGGCCAAAAUCAAGUCAUUCCGGGAAGCGAUGAAAUAA